AUGCAGAAGGACAUGCUUCCUCAACACAAACACUCCUUCAGCCACUACCCACAUCACCACCUCCAAAACUCACAACCCCAAGGAGGGUGGUGCUACCGCCGCGGGUUCCGCAACCGCACCCUCGUCCUCCUCUUCGCCAUCAUCUUCCUCUCCUUCCGGAUACUCCACACCUCCUUCGAAUUCCGCCUCUCCUCUUCCUCUUCCUCAACGGACGACCUCGAAGAUAUCGAUUUCGAUUUUGAAAACAUCAUCCGCGUUCCUUCACAACCAUCCCUCACCCUCAACCCUGGACCCGUCGAACCAGCAUUCUCACUCCUCGACCCUAAUACCAAAUACCUUUCCUACAUGCCCUUUGCGGGGAUCACCAACCAGUUCAUUGCCCUCCAGGGCGCAGCAUUCGCGGCCCGUCGAUUGAACAGGACGUUGAUUAUCCCACCCAUUGUCUCCAACACGCAUGAUCGAGAGAACACUCACCAGCCCUGGUCACAGUUCUUUGACCUCCCCCGGUUCACAGAACUCACAGGCGUCCCCGUCCUCGAAUGGUCUGACAUCCGACCACUCGACCCGCUGCAGUACCAACUCGGUGUCGACCACGCCUCCCGGUACGGUAAGGGUCCCCGUGCCCAGGAGUGGUCCGAGUUGGCGCAGAACAUUACUUGCCAAAUUGUCUAUGGCUACGGAGCGCCCGAUCUCGAUAUCAACAUCUCUGCGAAAUAUUUUAUGUGGCAUUUCCUCAUGCGCCCCAACUUUGUCCGUCCUCCACCCAAGAAGCCCGAGACUCCCCAAUAUAACCGGACCAAGAUCGCGAGGGAUAAUGUCCAUGAGGACGAUUUGGUGGUGAUGGAGGAUUUGUUGGCGAGAUAUAGGGAUUAUGAGGAUCCUAGACCAGAGCAGAAUGGCGGGCAGGUGGCGGUGUUGUUUAUGGCGGAUAUGUUUAAUAUCAAGGACCCGUUUCAUGAUGAUCGGUUCUGGUUGGAGGCUGGGAGGUUUUUUCAUUUCUUGCCCGAAGUGAUUGAGUAUGCGAAGGUGUUGGUUCAUGAGGAGACCAAUGCAGAUGUUAUCCAUAAUGCACUCGAUGGUAUUAUCCAGCAAGCCACCAGUGUCGAUGUCUCUUUCUCUUCCGCCGAAGGUGAAGAACAACAAGAGCUCGACGCGGUCAAAGAAGAAUAUACCCCUUCCACACCCCAAGAACUCACUGAAACCCCUUCCGUCACACUUCACACCAACCAUAACCCGUACAUCGCCAUCCACCUGCGCCGCGGCGACAUCUGGAAGAAAUGCUCCUCCGUCAACCGAGCUGUCUGCAUCAUCCCCUUCGACCUCUACGAAGAAGCCGUCUCCCGCGCCCGCCAAUCCGCCUUCACCUCCGGUCGCGUCUCCCCCUACCAAACCCUCCCCGUCAUCGUCACAACCGAUUCAGAAUCCGAGGAAGAUUUCGCAAAGAUCAAGGACCUAGGCUGGCACCGGUUGGACCAUUCAGGGUAUGGCACGAUUGAGCGGUGGGGGUUCUUUGGACCUGCAAUGAUAGAUGCCGUGAUUUUGGCGCAUUCCGAGGUGUUUGUGGGGAGUGCAAAGUCGACGAUGACCCGGGUUGCCGCCUUGAGGCAACAGGCUUGGUGGGGUCGGACGGCGCUGUAUCCCCAAACUGAGGCGGAGACUGUCCGUCGGUCUCAUGUCCAGAAGGGUAGAGUUUGA